GUUGCAUACCCUGAAAUCUGGCUUUUUAUGGAGAAGUUGUGUAUAAAGUGAAUAUCUCAAAAAAGUUAUUUGUACAUAUCUCCGCUAUUUAUAAUUAAUUAAGGAGUAGAUGAAGGAUAUAUUAUGCCACGCAAUUCUAAGGACAGCAAGUAUGAGAACAAUGGUUCUAAUAGAAGAACACACACCUACAUGUCUGCUGAAGAUCAAGCGGCUGGUAAAAAGUCAUUUUGGACAGAAUUGGAGAUAACAGGGACUAUACGGAAUUUAAGUUCUAACCUAUUUCAAAUGACUCAUCUUACAGCGUUAUAUUUAAAAAACAACUCCCUGCAACGACUGCCGCCUGAUAUUUGCCAGCUCGUCAACCUAAGGAACUUAGAUUUGUCGUCUAACAAGCUGCGCUCGUUGCCGGCCGAGCUGGGCGAACUUAUACAACUCAGGGAACUGCAAUUGAGUCAUAACCAAUUAAGGAUUCUGCCAUAUGAACUGGGAAAGCUGUUUAAUCUCAUGGUUCUCGGUUUAAUAGGAAAUCCACUCAGUAAAGACAUCAUGAACAUUUACGCCGAGCCCAAUGGGACGCAGAAAUUGCUGACUUUCAUGCUAGACAACCUACAAGUUACGACUCCUACACCACCUCCUCGGCCUUGGAUCCCUUUAGCUAGGCCAACAUCUAACCGACCGACAUGUAUUUUCACUGUGAUGUGUUAUAAUGUUUUAUGUGAUAAGUACGCAACACGACAAAUGUACAGUUAUUGUCCAAGUUGGGCUCUAAAUUGGGACUAUAGGAAAAAGGGUAUCCUAGAAGAAAUAAGACAUUACAGCGCCGACAUAAUAAAUUUACAAGAAGUCGAAAUGGAACAAUUUUACAACUAUUUUUUACCUGAACUUAAACAAGACGGUUACGCUGGAAUCUAUUCACCAAAAUCCAGAGCGAAACAUAUGGCAGAGAGCGAAAGAAAGUACGUCGAUGGUUGUGCCAUCUUCUACAGAACAUCAAAAUUUACGUUAAUCAAAGAACACUUAGUAGAGUUUAACCAGUUAGCGAUGGCCAACGCAGACGGUUUGGACCACAUGCUUAACAGAGUCAUGCCGAAGGACAACAUAGGGCUCGCUGCGCUCCUACAGACGACAGAAGCAGCUUGGGAAAACACUCCAGCGGAUGCACCAUUCGUCCAACAACCCAUCCUAGUAUGUACAGCACAUAUCCAUUGGGAUCCCGAGUUCUGCGACGUCAAGCUGAUCCAGACGAUGAUGCUAAGCAAUGAGCUCAAAACGAUACUUGAAAAAUCUGCUCAAACACUUAAAGCCUCCGAGAACGUGAACGCAGACGCGAACAGCAUCCAGCUCGUUCUGUGCGGCGAUUUCAACUCGUUGCCGGAUUCGGGCGUCAUCGAAUUCUUGAGCACGGGAAGGGUUUCGCAAGAUCAUAAGGAUUUCAAAGACUUUAGUUAUAAACAAUGCCUGGAGAAGAUCCUGAGCUGUGAUAAACCUAAUGAAUUUACACAUUCCUUCAAGCUCGCUUCUGCCUACAAUGACGAAAUAAUGCCGUUCACAAAUUACACAUUCGACUUCAAGGGCAUUAUUGAUUACAUAUUCUACGCGAAACAGACAAUGACGCCAUUAGGUUUGCUGGGCCCUCUGUCAUCCGAGUGGUUAACGCAAAACAAAGUAAUCGGCUGUCCACAUCCGCACGUUUUCUCCGACCAUUUUCCUUUGCUUGUUGAACUUGAAAUGGUGCCAACCGUGUCCGCACCAAUUAACGGCAUAAUCGGUCACAGGUAGCAACCGGCGGAGUCUAGAAAUUAGCCAUUGUCGCCUUUGCAUUUGUUGUACCUGUUACAUCAUGCAGACAGUACAUCAUCUUCAUUGUAUCUUUCGGAAAUGGUACCUGACGGCAUCGUCCUAAACCACCAAACACCAUCUAAUUUUAAAAACAGUGUUCUUUAGUAUCGGCGCACACUAUAUAAGUUUUUCUGCAUAUGACUGUGCAUUAUAUGCUGUAAUCAUCGUUCUGUAAUAUUAUGUGUAUAAUAUUGAUUGAUUGAAUUUACUGUGAUUUUUUUUACAUCUCUUUGUAUGAUUUUUUAUGCAUGUUUUGCACAAUCAUACCCGGUCUUGGUCGUGUCUCACAGAGUUUUGUAUAAAGGAAAUUGUUGUAUGGUUUUCUUUUUUUCACUUGCUUUAAUUAUUACAUAAGGAACGGAAAAUAUUGAGCAUGUACAGAUUUUAACGCGAUAGGAAGUAUGCAUACUUCAGAGGUUUGAGGUUGGUAACAAGUUUUCUGUAAUAUAAUUUUAUUGUGUUGUAACUGUAAGUAAGAGUUUGUAAUUUAUGUCUAGUACUUCUGAAGUACGUAUUUUAAAAUUUUAUGUACUAUUUAACGAGUAAAUAUUGGUUUGGAAUAUUUAUUGGUGCAUCAAGGAGAGAUCUGUAUUUGCAAAUAUUUUUAGAAGAAUUAUGAUAAAAGUAAUUUAAUUAAUUGUUACAGUGAUAUUUUGUGAUGAUAGGAUCUAUCCUGCUGCCACUUAAUAAAUAUUUUCUUUCGCUUUUAAAACAGAUAGGUAUAAUCAUCGUCAUCCAUUGUGUAAAUAAGUUGUAAUCUCGUCUUUUAAUUGAGCUCGGUUGUGCAUAUUAGUUUUUCUUAGAAGACAUUUGAGUUUUACAUGUAACAUUUUAGUCGUAUUAUACAUACUUGAUUUUUAUCUUUUUAUUUGAUUUUGUACAAAAUGUAAAUUUUCCUUCAUUAUUUUUAUACAGUCAGAGUUCGAGACGUCAUACAAGCUAACUGAAAAUAAUAGUACUAAUGAAUAGUCAUUUUGUACUGCAUCAUGAGAAGUAUAUCCAAUUAAAUAAUUUAAACUUCCAGACGCUUACUUUUCUAGAAAACUUCAAAAAGAAUAUAAUAAAAAUUUUUAUACACAAAACAUAUUUUCGACAGUGUAAAAAAUAAGCAAUAGCUUACCAACGUUUGUAAAAAAAAGUCUUCGGGGUAAAAAUUCAUUCUCUUGGUUCGGUUUUCGUUUUAGCGAUCUAGAACCUCAGAUAAAUUAGCAAUAGGUUAUUGUGCAAUGAAAUCUGUAACCAAACAAACAGGAACAACAUACAGAUUUUGUUGUUGGAAUUUUUUAUCGUAGUUUUAUUUUACGCUUGAUUGUUGUAGUAAUUGUUUAGCAAUGUUCUUUAUAUCAAAAGAGGCCUAAACAUUUUCAGCUUUUCGGUGUUCUAUCUGAAUCCUGUACCGGAACUCAAAAUGAAACAACUUCAUUUCUAUUACAACGACAAAAUUCAUUUCUCCCUGUUUUAGUUUGCGUUAGGUACUUAAUGUCAAAAUUUCAUGUCAUGAUUUACCCAGAUCUCAAAUUUUAUAACUAAUUUUUAAUACAUUUUGGUAGUGCUUAUGGUAAUGGACAAUGGUUUUUAACAUAAUUAAGUUUAAUUAUUCUUAGGUGUUCUUUAACAAAUAUUUAUGUAAAAUAGUAAGAAAAUAAAUACACUUGGACCAUUA